UCCUCGGUAUGUGUGUCGGUUCGACUCCUCGCUUUCCGGAGGUAGCAGCGCAGCGGGGCGAGGGCUUCUAUAGCCGAGGAGACAGCGACGCACCAACGGUUCUUUUUCUCCGGAGGUUGAUAAUACGAAAAGAAUGGACGACAUCCUGGGUCGGAGGGAGGCAGCGCGCCCGCCGAGGAGGUUGUCGACUGCCGCGGAUGUCGGAGGCGCAACCGCCGGCCCGCAAGAUGGCGAGGUGACCGAGGAGCGACCGGGCAGGAGGACGAUGGAGCGGGGGGACGCGGCUUCGCUGGCGAUCUACCGGAGAUACAUGCCCAUGGAGCCCCUCAAGUUCCCCAUCCCGAGGAAAACCAGGGAGAAAAGAGCGCUGUUCCAAUACGUCUCCAUUGAGUCCAGGGAGUACGAAGACAUGAUGAGCGUCCUGAACUCCAGCUACAUCGACACCGGCUCGGCGGGCUGCUUCACCUACUGCAAACCUCGGCUGGUCCACAGCGAACCGCUGGAGAAAGAGUUUGUAGAGAAGAGGAAGGAAAUGAAGACCGAGGGGAGGACCGACAAGGAGCUGGAGGAGAGCUACUGCUUCCUGCUGACUGACACUGCUAGGCUGCCCUCGCUCUGUGAGAAGGGGCUGCUGGUGGGCCAGAGCUGGAACACGGUGCUGGGAAACCCUGUUAAAGGAGUGUAUCUGUCCAGGUACUCUGACCUGAUUCAGGUCAAUCCCAUAACUCCUGGAGUCACGGGGGAGAUCGUCAUCUUCAAAGUGAUGAAGGGCAAAGUGAAGAGCAUGUAUGAAAAUAUGAAGAACCUCCUGGACCCAACGCCGCGCUUCGACAGCCACACCUCCAAGAACGCCAGCAAAGUGUCGUCGCUCACCUCCUACCGCGCCUUUGAGCUCACACAGCAAUAUUUCUACGAGUACGUGUUCGACGAGCUGCGGCCGCGGCCUCGCCAGGUCUGCCCCUACGCCGUUGUCUCCUUCCAGUUCAAAGGGAAAGAUUCGCCGCUUCCCAGCAAACCUCUGGCUCCCAUCAGGUCGAACAGCCAAUCAUCGGAGGGCAGUAGAGAGCGUACUCAGUUCACAGUGUGGACCGGAGAUUUGGUGAAAGGUGACCAGCUCCUCUUCCAGAUCUCUCUUCGCUCCUUCUUUCCUCCCCUCCUGCCCCACAGACUACCGGAGAAGCUGGAGAUCGGCCGCGCGAUGAGGCUCGACCAGGUGGCCGUGCUGCUGCCCCCCGGCCUCCUCCGCUACGACCUCUACAGCAGCAGCAGCCACGAAGGUGAAGUUGUGAAGAGCGGCCAUUGCUGCAGCCUGCUGGAGGUGACUGAUAAGAGCCGCUCUGCCACCAGCGUGACGAGCCUCCUCCAGGAGCUGGAGGUGCACCGAGUGGUUCUGGUGACCCGGCUGUCCGACCGAGGCGUCCUGCUCCUGAUGUCCAGCGUCCAGAUGGCCACGCCCUCUGAGAGAGGAGAGAGCUGGAAGAGAUGCCUUCAGGCGCUGUUCGUCUUCCCAGAGUCCAGAGAGCUGGCCAAGGCCUCGUCGCGGUGCGCCUCCUCCUCGCCCCGCGACGCCUCCUCGCCCCGCGACGCCUCCUCGGUGAUGCUGCGGAUGAGCCGCUUCAUCCCGGCGCUGCACCACGCACUGGUCAAGGCGCGCGCCAACCCGCCGCCCGAGCUGUCGGCCGGCGUGGAGCGCCAGGCGCGGGAAUACCUCGCCGGCCUGAACGAGGGCGCGGUACGGCCGGCCGCGCCCCCCGAACCCGCCGCUCUCACCGCUCGGUCCUCGCGGCAGACGAAAGGACACACUCUCCCCGUCUCUCCCCUCCAGGUGCGGCAGUACCCGAUGGGCGAGUACGAGUCCCGACUGGAGGAGCACGCCACGCCGCUCCCUCCCCCCAAGCACCACCGCGUCAACAUGGACGGCUACCUGCGCUCCUACCUGUACAGCCCCGCCCUCUACCUGCUGUCGGUGGCCCGCGCCCGGCAGAUGGUGGAGGCCAACUGCCCCGAGGAGGCGCAGGAGGCGAAGCUCGGGAAGAGAGGCGGAGCCCUGAAGGAGGCGGCUACGGCGGCCGGCAGCGCCAGAGACGAACUGACCAAAUGGGAACAUAUGCAGCAGCUGAUCGACCUGGUGAUGAGCUGCAAGAGGAACGCGGAGAACGAGGUGAGGAGGGAGGAAGGAGGCGGCGUGACGGCGCCGGGGAGGAAGCGGAAGCUGGAGCAGGCGACGGCGGAGCGGACGCUGAAGUUCCUGAAGGCGUCGCGGGAGCACGGGACACACGGCAAGGUCCCCGUGGAGGGAGGCUACGCCCCUUCCUCUCCCGGCUCCCUCGCCUCUGUGGUCGGCUCGGUGGGUUUGAAGGACGCCGAGCUGAGGGAAGACGGAUCCGAACUCGGCGCCAAGCUCCUCGGCCUGCUGACAGACCUCAGCCAGGCCGCCAGAGGAAGGACCAAUCGGAGCCUGUCUGAGGCGCGAGACGAGAGGACGAGUGGAUCCUCUCCGUUCGAUAGCCUGGCCGCCAAGCUGGGUCUGCCCACCAGCUGCGACAUCGACCUGAGGAGGCAGGAGGAGCCGGAGACGGCAGGCAGCGUCAGUAGUUUGGAGGGUUUCAGUCCCGGCUCCCACAGCGGGGAGAUGAAUCACCACGGAGCGGCAGGUAGAGGAGCAGGAGGAGCAGGAGGACUCGAAAGGAGAGCGGGAGGAUACGAGAAGGAAGAGGAGGACGUCCAGUGGGAGAUCCCGUGGGUCCUCAUCCCCAUCACAGGUGUGUGUUCCCAGAGGUACACCCACAGGGAGCGCAACAUCCCCCGGGACCCUCGCUUCCAGCGCCUCGUCGUCGCCGAGGCAACGGGCGUCGCCACAACAGCCCGAGCCCCCGGGACGAGCCCCGCCCCCCCGUCUCCAGCCUCCCCGCUCCAGUGCCCCUCGCCCGACCCCAGCCCUCCCCACUCCCCCUCCCAGUGCCCGUCCCCGGAGCCCAGUCCGCCCCCUUCGCCGCCUCGGUGCCCGUCCCCGGAGCCCGGCCCCGCUCCCUCGCCCGCCUCCCGCUGCCCGCCUCCGCGGCGCGACCCCCGCCGUUACCCUCCCCGGCCCGCGGGGCCUAACGAGCUCGCCUCGUUUAACGGGGCGGCCCCCGGGGAGACCGCAGGACUGCCGAAAGACGUAGAAGAGAAACCUCAGGGGACAGAAAAGAACGACGCGCCCUUCGUUCCUGCCUCCGUCCGGCCGUCUGUCCCUCCUGAGGCGAGGUUGAGCCCCUCGCCACCGCCUCCACCCACGGAGGGGGAGACGGAAGAUGCGGGGAUGGAAAUGGGGGAGUUGACGGAGGUACAGGCAGAACUUUUGGUGCAGGAAAAAGAAACCCAGCCAGUUCAGAGAGGGGAGGAAGAAGAGGAGGAAGAAGAGGAGGAGGAGGAGGAGGAGCCGGCCGGCGGUUCUUUGUGCCCUCCGUCUGUCUCCUCGCCUCCUUCUCGCCUCGACGGCAUUGUGGACAAACACCUGAGCAACUUCUCCUCCUCGAUGCAGCUCCUCCUGCGGGAGCAGAGCGUCCGCUACGACGCGCCGCAGUCGCCUCACUCCACCACCCGGGACGCCGACGCCCCGCCGGUCCCACGCGCUCCCAUUUCCCAGUUCUCCCAGUACGUCACGUUCUACAACCCCUGCCCCCCGGUGCACGACUACGUCAGCUCGCUGCAGCGCGGCAUCGACAGCCUGAUGACGGAGCACGACGGCGGCUGGCCGAGCCGCGGGCCCGCCGACCGGGACUCGGCGCUGGCGAGCAUCGUCAGCGAUUUUGUGUCCAGCAUCCGAGCGAGCAACGUGGAGGCGUGCGGCGAGGAGGCCGGGCCCCGCGGCGAGCAGACGGCGGCCGACGGCCCCGCCCCCUCCAGAGGGGCCGACGGGCGGCGGCCGCAUGCGAUCGCCAAGCGGGUUCCCCACGCGGCAGCCGACUUCAUCCCGUUAUCCGUCACGACCUCCGAGUCCGGGUCCGAACCCGCCGACGCCUCGGCGCUCACGCCUCCUCUGACCAGGAGCCCGCCGGGGGUCGGCAGAACCGUCGCUCGUAACAGACAAACGCAAGAUGGCGGCGCCGCCAGGACGGCACAUUGCGCCGCCGGUGUGGACGGUGAAAGUGGGAGUGGCCUCGAGGCUACGAACUGCAAGGGGGCGCUGCCGAGGUUCACCGGCGUCUCUACGACCUCGGCGGAACCGCCCCGCCCCCGCGAGCGGGUCUCCAGCCCGUCGCCUGACUCCGCCCCCACGUCCGCCGCCCCCGCCCCCGCCGCGUGCCCCCCUCCUCCGGGCGCCGCCCUGAGCACCCUGAUCAGCCGCUUGCAGCCCGAAGUGUUCCACAACCUGGUGGAGAUUUUCAAGGACGUGAAGAGAAGCUCCGCCUCCACGCAUUUCUACUUCCACUGCAGCGAGGCCGGCGACCAGGUCCACGAGGACAUCAAGGAGUACCUGUCGGAGCAGGGCCACGUGGAGCAGAGCCCCGGGGCCUUCCUGAACCAAGCGGGCUCCGCACACCGACUGCUGGUCGUCAUCAAGAACCAGGACAUCGCGGGACACGUCCACAAGAUCCCCAGUCUGGUGUCUCUGAAGCGCCAGGCGUCCGUGGCGUUUGUGGGCGUCGACACCCUGGACGACAUCAGGAACAACAGCUGCAAUGAGCUUUUCGUCUCCGGGGGCUGCGUCGUGUCGGACGACUUCGUCCUCAGUCCAGAAUUCAUCACCUGCGACCGGCUGGCGUCCCUGCUGAGGCUCCUGGAGCAGUACAGCGCUCCCGACAACGUCUGGAAGUGGAAGGUCCACUGGCAAACCCACAAGAAAUUAAAAGAGCAGGCCAGGUUCAGUCGAGAUUCCGCCGGCCUGCUGGACGUGCUCGCGGCCUACCAGAAGCGGCAAGUCGUCGAGUUCCUCCCGUACCAUCACUGCGACACGAUGAACAUCCGGUCGCCUCCCCUGGACUGUGUGACGGAGCUCCAGGCCCAAUGCACACAGUACCGACACACAGUCUUCCUGACGGAGAAUCAUCUUGAGAUGUUCCCUGCCUACUCCAGAAGUGGCAUCAUGGUGGCCAGCGUUGACAAACUCCUGCACAACUUCAGCAGACUAGUCGGUUACCAUGACGUCAGGCACCGGCAGCCAAUCAUAGAGGACAUGCUGGCUUCCAAAGGACACAUUCAUCCCCUCUCCUCCUCCUGCGACCCAUCCCAGCAUUUCCUCCUGCCGGCCAGCUCCGCCCUCCCCGCCUUCCCCCAUCCGACCGACCAGCUGGUGCCGGACGCCUCCUAUAAGGAGGUCGCGACGCACCAUUCGGAGACGGACUUCGAGGUCCUCCGGCUCGCCAUCUCUCAGUUGCGGGCCGAGCGCCACGCGCAGCAGCAGAAGCUGAUUGACACUCAGGCGCAGCUGUACUUAAAAUCCCUGGCGAAGCGCCCGCCCGACGCCGGUCGCACCGGGAGCGGUCACCGCGCGCCCGGCGCCGCCGAGUCGGCGAAGGUCACCCGCGACAGCAAAGCCGCGGCGGUCACUCUGGAGAUGAUUCACUCGAAGUUGGAGCAGGUGGAGGUGGAGGAGGGGCGUCAGUACGGAGUGGAGGCGGUGGGAGGAAGACUCGGAGGAAGUCAAGAAGGUGGAGAAGUGGCUGGAGAUCACCGAGAUGGUACUUCACUCACACUGGGAGGACACGGGGAUCCCGGUAAUGGUAAGACGUCGACGUCCUCGUCCAAUCAGAGCAGUGCGUCGGUGACGGGACCAGGCACGCAGACGAGCUCGACCGGUGACGGGAGAGAGAAAGCCAAUCAACAGGGAGAACCUGUCUUUCCCAAAGCAGCGCAACAUCCAGCAGCCUCCUGCAGUACACCAGCUUGUCCUGUAGGGGGCCACAGAUUGAGAGACACACUGUCGGGCCAAGAACCGCCCGUAAGAGGAGACGGCGCUCCACCUGGCAACAGCACUGCCAGUGGCACCAAGAUCCAGCACCACGGACAACAUCUGGAGCUGGCGAACAACCAGCAGCUUCAGCCAAGUCCGUCACGACAACAUCUGCCUCCCGUCCAGCAGCAGCGGCGGGGCGCCGGCCUCCUCCAACCCCCCUACCGACCUCGCUUCCCCAACCAGCACCCGUCUGUCCGCGGGAGUGGCCUCCUGGGGCCCGUGCCUGUCUGGCCACGGGUCCUGGGCCCCGCUAGUCCCGCAGCGGCGCUGGUCUCGGGCUUCCAACCGGCCAGCAAGGACUUCACUCCCAGCCUGCUGGGCGGUUACCAGGACCCUGCGGGUGGGGGCAGCAGCAGGUUCAGAGGGGGGAAAGGUGGAGGAGGCGUCAACGGGACGUAGAGCGACAUUUUAACUCCCCUCCAAGGAACGUUCCCCCAAAAACUACAAAACACGCACCUCCUGAUUACUAACCGGCGCUUGACUGAAGGAGAGACGCCUCAAUGUUCAUGGAAUCAGGGUGGAGCACAAACCGGGUCCAAUCCUCGGUCUCCGGAAUCCAGAAGGAAAAUUAUUUUUUCCUUUUGGAGGGGUGGAAUUUUUCUUUCUCUUUCUUUCUUUGGCCUUUCAGUGCAAUAAUGGUGGAUACAGAGAGGCGGGAAUGCGAUUCGGGUCGCACGGUUGGAAUCGGACCCGGGACGCCAAAACCACUUUGUUUAAAGUUAGAUUUGGAAGAUCAUCUUUAUUUAUAGACAUUUUUAAAGAAACGAUGUUGGCGUAAAGUAACAACAUGAUUUAUUGGACGACGGUCUUCCAAUGAAGUCGAUACAAAGCAUAGAAAGAAAAGAUCAUUUCUCCUGAUCGUUCAACUAGCUAACGAUAUCAGUUUUACUAUCGUCUAUGAAACUGGAUGGUGGCAAGAAGAAUGUUUUUAACGUUUACAGUUUUCUGCGGAUCGAUGGAAAUCGAUUGAUGCUCAACUGUAAUCAGUUAGCGUUCGACUCCAUUGAUCAUAUCGAUCAUAUUGGUGGAUUUCAAUUUCAUGGAAGAGAUUUUCUAACUUUUUUCACCCUUUAAAGCCACGAAGGAGAUGAUUAUCUUCCACCUUGUGGAUUUGUACUUUCUUUAACCAAAUGUUUCUGCUGUGUGGAACCCCCCCCCCCCCCUUUUGUUUUUACUACCUACUGUAACCACUUCCUGUUGACAUGUCGGUGCUGAAGAAGCCCAGGUAAAACUGUACAGGGUAUACAAAGAACAGAACAGUUUUACUGAAUGGGCGUAAACAUCCAGCUGUUUUCUCUCUGACGGCGUCGACUAUACGUUCAACAAACUCCGGAUGGAUCCCGUUUCCCAGCUCUCGCUUUUUUAAAGCGACUAUUUGGACAGUUUCGAAUUAAUUUCUCUCGAGGAAACCCUCGGAGCUGCUCAUUGGUUCUCGUUGCAUCGAGGGAGGGACCAAGAUGCAUCUUGAUUCUGACGGACUCUUGAGACCCUUAAAGAACUUUAAUAAUCUGUACAGGAAUAAGACGGACUGACUGCCUUACACGUCUUCCAGUGGACUGUCUGUCAAAAUAAUAUUAUAGAAGAUUUUUUUCUUCUUUUUCUACUGAAUGUUUUGAUUGGUUAUCCAGGGAGCUGUUUGUGUUUAGUUAUGAUGUACAGUAGAAAGUUAACACGUUUUUACACCAUUUUUUGUAUUAAAAUGUUGCCUGCGGAAACCAGCGAGCUUCCUUUGGCGAUGUUCUUGAUCUCCGGUUGAGCGACUGCACGGCGGAGAAGAGAAUCCAUGGAGCGGGUUGUACAGAAGAAGCGAGGAGUCGAGGGGACAUUUGUUCCCCAGUAAACGACACCUGACGCCCUCAAACCGGGCCUCAGGGCCAAAUCUAUUGUACCUAUACAUGCCGCACCAGUGAGCCCGAUGGUCAUCUCAACGGAUACGGAGGCCGGAACGAUUCCGUCAUAUUUACUCUGAGGAAUCUUUAAAAGUCCAUUCCAUGUCGAGUGAUGAAGGCAGCCGACCUCGUCUGAAGGCCGGUCCACGUCCGGAGCUCCGGAACCAGUCGAUUUGAACCUGGACCCCUUCUUCUUGACCCGGGGAACGAUUUCAACCAGCGGAGAAGUCUCCUUCUGAAAGCUCGUCCACAAGCUCGAGAUCUCCCAAACGUGAAGCCGCGGUUUGGUUUUCGUUGUCGCACAAUGACGAACAGACGGAGUUCUCUCUCGGGUUCCUUCCAGAACGUCGUCGCAGACGUAGAACAACGAUCCGAGUCCAAAUUAAAGGGUCCUAAAACCCCGGAAAUAAGUUAUCGUCUUUGCAUUUCCUGUCUCAAAGUCGAUGUUUUUGAUUCGAUGACUAAAAUGAGGUCGAUGGUUAAAACGAGCUGAAGAGAAUUCAAAGUUCUGUUUGAUAUGAAAUCACAUUCCACUCUCAUCCUGUUGGGGGAGAGGCGGGGUUUACCCGGGACAUGUGACCCGUUCAUCUAGAGACACCAUUGACUCUCUCGGAGCCUCCAGUUAACCUGAGCUGCGUGUCUUUGGACUCUGGGAGGAACCCGGAGAACCCGGAGGAGAACGUACAAACAGAAGGGCCGGACCCGUGUUCCCCCCCCCCCCCCGCUCGCUGUGAUCCACUACACCACCAGCAGUACACACACCGCAUGAGGCCUUCGACUCGUUGCUCGUCUUCUAUAAAAGACGCUCUGCGGCUAAAUGAGGCGACGAAACGUCGUCAUGCCGACUCGUUAGAAAAUAUAUCUAUAAAUAAAUAAAAAGUUGUGUUCAUAUGUGAAAUUAUCUUGUGGAACAAAACACGAGUACCAUGAACUUGUCUGCCAGAGAUUAUUGUGUGUGUGUGUUAAUGUUUCACCCUGUGGUGAGUUCAAAGUUUAUAUACGUAACAAAGUACAUUAACUAGUACUCACUACUUCAUACCAGUACUUCUUAUCAGCUACAUUUAUCUGACAGCUUGUCACUUUUCAUCCCGUGCAGGUUAAACCUUAAAUCUCCAGAUGUGUUGUUUGUGACGCACUGAAGGGGGAGGAGCUUCCUUUAAGAGUUGAAUUAUGAAGAUAAAUAAACGCUUCAAAGCUUCUUAUUGGAUCAGC